AUGGCACCCCGUGGUCGUGGUGGAAAAUUUUCCAAGCCCUCUCGAGGAGGUGGAAAACAUUUUAGUCGUGAUGUGCAGCCGGUGGAUAAAGAUGGGAACCGCGUGGGCAUGUGGAGGGAACCCGAGGAGGACCCUGAUACGUCGUCGAACGAAGAAGGCAACGAAUCAGAGGAGGAGUCGAGUUCAGACGAAGGACCCAACGACCAGGCCGACGGCGGUGCCAGCUCCUCCGCGGCACCGGAGCUGACGCGCGAAGAGCGUCGCGCGGCCGCCAAAGCAAAGAAACAAGCAGCGAUAGCGAGACGACAGAAAGUGCAACCGGGGGACCUGCCACCAUCCGACUCGGAGUCCGAUGAUGAGAACAACAACGGAGGAGACGAAGACCUACCCGCCAACCCCAACCACACAGCCAAGUCCCGCUCGCAGCUCAGCGGCGACGCGCCCGAGAAGGUCGCCAAGGAUCCGUCGCAACUGUCUCGACGGGAACGCGAGGCCGUGGAGGCUCAGCAGGCGCGAGAGCGCUAUAUGAAGUUGCACGCGGAGGGCAAGACCGACGAGGCGCGCGCCGAUCUGGCGCGGUUGGCCCUGGUGCGGGAGAAACGGGAGCAGGACCGGUUGCGCAAGGAGGCCGAGAAGGAGGAGAAGGCCGAGUUGGCCAAGGCACGGGCGGAAGAACGAGAGGCGAAGUUGAGCGGGAAGAAGAAGGGUGCGCCUAAGAAGAAAUAA